CUACCGCUGCGCGCUGCCAGAUAAUCGCUCCCUGCAGGAAUUAGAUGUGGAGUGGACGUUACAGGUGGAGCUGAGCGCGUCGAGCCGGAGCCAAGACCAGAAAAAACAGCAGCAGUCUCAACAUUUUCGGAUGUAGAUCCUCAUUAUCUGAACUCCUGAGGUGGGCACCAUUAAGAUGAUUUCCUCCAGCAUCCCUCGCCAGUAGCUGGGCAGCAUGGCUUCUGCUCCUCCUUCCAGAGAGGACACUAGUAGCUCAUUAGCACUGCGCUGGAGGCUAACGCCGACAUAGAUACUCUCCGACCGGCGGUGUAACAACAGCAACAUCUGGACUGAGACCAUGUUCUGUCUCUGAUCGGGUGUUUCGGUGGCAGAGCUGGACUGUGCAGCUCUUCCACACUUAGACACACCUGGACUCUGAGCCAUGUCUCUUCUCUCAGCUCUGAGCAUCGUCUGUGGAUUGAUGCUCCAUGUUUCAUUUAGUGCACUCAACAAUCACUACUGUGUCCCACGAAUGACUGUCCCCUACCAGAACGAGCUGAAGUUGUUCAACGAAGAGGGGAUCUUCAACUACUCCACUAUGUUAAUAAGAGACGACCUGGGUGUGCUGCUGCUGGGGGCCAGAGAGGCUGUAUAUGCUCUGGACAUAAACAACGUCUCAGUCAGAAAGGCUGCGGUGUAUUGGCGAGUUACCGAGGAGAAGCAGAGGGAGUGCACGUACAAAGGAAAACAUGCUGAGGUGGAAUGCCGCAACUACAUUCGAACCCUGCACAGAGUGAAUGCCACUACGAUGUAUGUGUGUGGCACAAAUGCUUUUAGCCCCACCUGUGAUUACAUGACAUUUGUUAAGGGACAGCUGAGGCUGGAGGGAAAGCAGGAGGAGGGAAAGGGGAAAUGUCCUUUUGAUCCCUUCCAGAGAUACUCCUCCCUUAUGGUCGGAAAUGACCUGUAUUCUGCUACAUCAAUCAACUUCUUGGGCUCUGAGCCGGUGGUUCUGCGCAGCUCGGACUUGGCUCUCCGCACUGAGUUUAAGAGCUCCUGGCUCAGUGAGCCAAACUUUGUCUACAUGGACUUUGUGGGUGAGAGUUUUGAUACUCUUGAUGGCGAUGAUGACAAGGUGUACAUGUUCUUCAGCGAGAACGCCAUGGAGUACGACUUCUACAGCAAAGUUGCAGUGUCUCGAGUGGCCCGUGUCUGCAAGGGGGAUAUGGGCGGCCAGCGGACACUGCAGAGGAAAUGGACGUCGUUCCUGAAAGCUCGUCUGGAUUGUUCCCUCCCUGAACCCAGCCUGCCCCCCAUUGUCCAGGAUGUCUUCCUGCUGAAGGACAAGGACUGGAGGAAGAGCGUCUUCUACGCUGUCUUUACUCCGCAGUCGGGCUUGUCCCAGGUGUCUGCGGUAUGUGCAUAUAGUGUGUCUGCCAUUCGAGAUAUUUUCAAUGAGGGCAAGUUUAAGACACCGGUCGCUGUGGAGACAUCUCACAUCAAGUGGGUGAUGUACACUGGAGAGGUGCCAGUCCCCAGACCAGGAGCGUGCAUCAAUAGUGUGGCACGUAAAAUGGGGAUGAAUCGCUCUCUGGACCUUCCUGACAAAACCCUCCAGUUCAUCAGAGACCGCCCCCUCAUGGACGAGGCGGUUCGCCCGCUGACAGGAGGGCCGCUGCUGGUCAAGAGGGGAGCUUUGCUGACUCGGAUCGUCGUGGACAGUGUGUUGGCGCUGGACGGACAGAGAUAUGCCGUCAUGUUCAUUGGCACUGAAAACGGUUACAUCCAGAAGGCUGUCAACAACGCAGGAGAGAUGUUCAUUAUUGAGGAAAUUCAACUGUACGAAACCCCCGUGCCUAUUAGCAUCCUCCGCCUCUCAUCCGGCAAGGGACAACUGUACGCAGGUUCAGAGUUUGGUGCUAUCCAGAUGCCGGUCAGUAACUGCAGCCGCUAUGACACUUGUGUGGACUGCAUCGUGGCCAGGGAUCCUUACUGUGCCUGGGACUCCACCACAGAGCAGUGCUCCUCAGUCUACAGCGUAUCAUCUGCAAAGACUGCAAUACAAAGUCUGAAGGAGGCAGACGUCACACAAUGUCCUCAGCCAGAUCCAGUAGCAGCUGUGGACUUCACCCUAGUUCCAGGGAACAACAUCCAGCUGCCUUGCCAGCUCCACUCCAACUUGGCACAGGUCCUGUGGCGAUUCUCUCACCAAACACUUCACUCCAACAGCAAAUACUACAUCUACAGCGGGGGCCUUCUCAUCCUGAGGGCCUCUGAAUCGGACGCAGGCUUGUACACAUGUGACUCAGUAGAGCUAAUCAACGGCAGAGCGUACAACCGGACUGUGGCGGUUUAUCAGUUGCAGCUCUACUCUCGCGCAGGAGUGGGGGACAACACUACUCCUGGCAAUGAGGUGACAAAUUCCUCAAAUUCUACUUACAAUGUGAAUACAGCUACACCGGAGCUGGAGCCAAACCUGACCAACAAGGAACCGUUGAAGCCCGAGAACCAAAGUGACACCAGCAAGGUAACUCGUUUAGAGGUGGCUGUGACUCUGCUGUCGCUGCUUAGUCUCUCCCUGUUGGGGGUCAUAUUUUGGAUCUGGAAUAAAGGACGUUGGGAAUGCUUAAAAUUUGCAAAGCGCACCAGUGAAAGCGAGGCGAAGAGGCAGUCAGCCGAAUACAUGCACAUCCAGAACAGAACUUCAGAGAUAAAGCUCCUGGGGCCUGAGUCUGGGAGACCUUGCAGUGCCAAUAAUAAUCACUCUGCUGUUGACUUCAAAGGGAACGGGGAGCACCACUUCACACCUAUGGCCAACAUUUCAAGUCUGGACGGUCUGGGAUACAUAAAUGAUGAGUCAGAGAUUUGACUCUGCUGAGAUAUACAAUUCAGUCCAAGGCCGAUUACACUAAUUAUCUUCCUGUAAGUGCGCUACUUUAGAAAAAGUGUUCACAUUAUAAAUGCUUUUGAUCGGUGUUUUCUUCUUGGCAAAUUCCAACACUGUUUCUCAUUUCCGUACUCUGACUGACUGGGCAGCUGAUGUUCACUGAAGACGUUUCAGGAUUUCUGGUGGAAUUUUCACUCCAGGAUAAAGUAGAAAAGUACAUUUUGUUUUAUGUAUGUAUUUUUGUAUAAUGAAAAGUGAUGAAUACACACUGUAAUAUAUUGUGUACAGGGAAGAGCAUUUUUUUUUUUGACUAUUUAUUUGUUGCAAUGAAGUUUUUAUUUCAGCAAUCAUAAAAACCUGUGAUAUAAGUCUUGUAAAUAGCAACAAUGAACAAGUAGCAAAAACUUUGACCUCUAAAUUUUCAGACAUUUCAUUUUAUGGACUCUUUAUUUAAGACAACAUUCAGUCAGAGAGCAUACUGUCCAGUCUUCGGCUGGGUUAAUGUGACACAGAGUGAAAUUGCAUAAUAAAAACACAAGAUUAUUUCACUCUCGUAAAUGUUUUAUCGUCAUUGAGAGUGAACUAGUGUCAUUGAGAUGUACAAGUGUGGGUGUCAGUAAAUCAACUCUUUGCAUCAGAGACACAGCACAGAUAAGAAUUUUUUUUUUUUUUGCUGUCAAACUUUGGAAAAUACAGCCCUUUGUUCAUAAUAAAAAAAAAAACUUUAUUGGGA